AUGGCCUCAGCCCUCAAGUCUCUCUUUGUCGCCACGCGCAGCAAAGCAGCAGCAGCAGCAGCAGCAGCAACGCAGCAGCAGCAAGACAGCAGCAGCAGCAGCACCAAGACAGCCGCAACAGCACCAAGACAGCAGCAGCAGCAGCAACAGCACCAAGACAGCAGCAGCAGCAGCAGCACCAAGACAGCCGCAGCAGCAGCAGCAGCAGCAGCAGCACCAAGACAGCAGCAGCAGCAGCAGCAGCAGCAGCAGCAGCAGCAGGACCUGGAGGGGGUCCAUAACAGGCAUGCUGCUGCUGCUGCUGCUGGGGCGGCGGUCGUAAUGGGCAAGUUCUUGUUCUUCAAAGCUCUGCGGAUGUUUUCUUUGGGGUCCCAAAAACGCUCUGGCCGGUGCAGCGGCAAAGGGGGGGCCUCCGACUCCUAA